AUGUCGGCAGCCGCCUGUUCCUCCAACGGCAAAUGUGGUGUAAGUGAGGAAGUGUUUCGGGGCACGAGGGUACCGCAGCUUGCUGCAGCAGCAGUGCCUGUGCGGUCACGAAACAUGGGGCCGGCCUCCCUUACCUCUGCAGCAGAUUUCGGAAAAGGGUCUCACCCAGUAAGCUGUCUCUCCCUGCUGAGUAGGCCUCCAGAACCCGCAGUGGAGCAGGCAGCAGCGGAGAAGGCUGCUAGCGAGCGUAGCAGCUCCACCACAACUGCAGCAGAGGGCCCUCUUUCUGCUGAUGCUUGCAACUCGACCUCAUCAGACUCCGCAUUCUUACCUACCGACCAGGAGCAUGAUCUGCUCCGCUUGUCACUGGCCUUCACAGCCGCACGCGGCAGCCCAUCAAAAGCAGAGUUUCCACGUGGGGCUGCUUUGUCUCCUUCCUCAUCCGGGGCUGGGAAGGCACCUGACAUGGCGGCACUCACGGCCCAGCUAAAGUGCCUUGAUAUGCAAAGUGGCUGUGGGUCUGCAUCCCGGGAGCAUAAGGAUCUGAAGUCGAUCAAUGUUCCUCUACAGCUACAGCCCCCUCUUACUUCUCCCCAGUCGAAUCGCCAGAAGGAAUCCAGUGUGGCGUCCGUGGAGGCAAGUGCCUGGGCCCAGACGCCGGUCAAAGAAGAAGACCUAGUGGCCUCCCGAGCACCUGACGAAUCCCGCCCGCCGCAAGAAGUCCCCCGAAGUAGAAAUAAGUCAUGCGCUUCUACUCCAGCGGGCGGGGCUGGCAAAUCUCGUGCGGGAGACACAGAAGACCAGGUCUACCGACUGGGUUUGCUGCUUCGCCAGCUUGGAAGACUGGGAAGAGUGCGGUCGUGUUGGGAAAUAUGGCAGGAGAUGAUGAACACCGAAGGCAAGCCCCUCAUCGAGGCCCCACGUGCCUCUCAGGCGUGUGUGCUUUGCCUGUUUCUAACGUCUCAUAGCAUUGCAUUUGUCUUAGAAUGGCUUGUCUCUACAUGUCUGCUUUGCGCCGUAGGUCUGAAACCUAACGCUGUUUCCUACGGUUGUAUCUUCGAUGCCCUUGUAACAAAUGGGGCUCUGGACUUGGCCUUGAAGCUGCUCGCAGACAUGAAAGCUUCCAACCAGCCUGUCCGGCCCAACACGGUCAUGUACUCCACCCUCAUAAAGGGAUGUGCACAGACGAAACAGGCAGGUUGA